AUGAACAUGGCCAAAAAACCAGCCACCCGCCUGAUGCUCACUGCAGCGCUGUUGUCCGCAGUGAUCCUCGUCGCCAAACUUCAAUCCAACCAUUUCGACUUGCAAACGAGUUUUCUGUCCUCGUAUCACUCCACAGCUGGCCAUUAUGGGCAGUCACAUAUCAAGGCCGGUGAAUCCAAGACCGCUUGCUCAGGCGGCCCCGGCAGCGAAGCCUGGUCUCACUGUCAGGAUGGACAGUCCGCAGACGAGGACGAAAGACGUGCUGAACAACUCGCAAAGGAAAUGUCUUCAACGCACCAUAUAUUAUACUCCGUAUCGAGUGCCGAUCGCAAGUACUUCAAGAUCGACUUUGGGAGCAGAUCGGUGAUGAAUCCCAGUAUCAUACCCCAUCCGGAAUUGCUGGACACCUGGAUCAUCACCGCGCAACUUCAUAAACCCCCGUCGGCUCGAAUGGCGUCGGUCUGGUUUGCUGAACUCGUCUGCAACGCGGCGUUCUCGGCGGACAAGCGAGUUCUACGCUGUCUGGAACCACCACUGCAAUUGCCCAUCCCAGCGACGUUUGGGGACUCCAGCAAAUGCGUCGGCGACCUCUCCUACUUUAGUCUCAGCGUGGGGCCGCAUGAUGCGAGGGUCUUCUACGGGCCCGAGAUCCCGUACACCAUCUACGGCUCCAAUUCUUUCUUUACGUGCUUUGGACAAUGGAUCUCCGAUUUUCGAAUCUUGGUGGACUGGGGCAUCGACACCAUCCAUGAGCACGAGUUCCGCCAGCCGCGCGAGCUCCAACGGCCCGUGCCCUGGAAUGCUGUGGAGAAGAAUUGGUUCCUGUUCUGGGACGACGCUGGACAGAUGUUCCUCCACCAUGACAUUGCGCCGGUGCGAGUGUUUGCGAAAGUCGAGCUCGACGGCUCCGUGGGACCGAACUUGGCUCUGGCGACGGCGACGGCGGACCAAGCGUGUCUCACGCGAUUCCUGCCUUUGACUACGGGGCCCUCGGAGAGCAUCCAUCAAGCGACCAACUCGCUCGCCGUCACUCUCUGUGCCCGAUCGGACCCAUCGUGCCAUCCGGAUACGACCAAUACCUUUGUGCUGUUCGUCGUCCAACGAAAGAUCUUACAUGGUCUUCACCCCGUGUACGAGCCAUAUGUCGUGCUUACUCGGCGUUCUACGCCAUAUGAGAUUUACGCGGUCUCGUCCAAACCGAUUUGGAUUUUCGGGCGCAAUCCUGCUGCCAAGACGACAGAAGGAGCUUCUUCCGCAUUGGUGGCAGCAGACUCCGAGAUGCUCUACAUGACGAGCAUCAGCUGGAAAAGCCACGGCCAGAAGUAUCAUGGGCACAUCGAUGACACGCUGUUCCUGGCAUUCGGCAGGGAGGACUCGGCCGCCGGCGGUAUCGACGUUGCCGCGAGAGACCUCCUCUCCGAGCUGGGGAUGUGUGCAGGGCCUGAUUAG